AGCGCGUGAACGGCUCCCUUGCUACCUUCUCCACCGACCAGGAGCUGCGCUUCGUUCUGGCCCAGGAAUGGGAUCAGCCAGAGCGGAGCUUUGGUUGGAAGGACCAGCGCAAGUUGUGGGUUGGCUAUCAGUAUGUUAUCACCGGCCGAAACCGCUCCUUAGAAGGUCGCUGGGAGGUAGCAUUCAAAGGCUCCUCGGAGGUUUUCCUGCCCCCAGACCCCAUCUUUGCCUCGGCCAUGUCUGAGAACGACAAUGUGUUCUGUGCCCAGCUCCAGUGCUUCCACUUCCCCACCCUGCGCCACCACGACCUCCACAGCUGGCAUGCCGAGAGCUGCUACGAGAAGUCUUCAUUUCUGUGUAAAAGAAGUCAAACAUGCGUCGACAUCAAGGACAACGUGGUGGAUGAAGGGUUCUACUUCACUCCCAAGGGAGACGACCCAUGCCUGAGCUGCACCUGCCAUGGAGGGGAGCCCGAGAUGUGUGUGGCUGCCCUCUGUGAGCGGCCCCAGGGUUGCCAGCAGUACCGCAAGGACCCCAAAGAGUGCUGCAAGUUCAUGUGUCUGGACCCAGAUGGCAAUAGCCUGUUUGACUCCAUGGCCAGUGGGAUGCGUCUGGUCGUCAGCUGCAUUUCCUCCUUUCUCAUCCUGUCGCUGCUGCUCUUCAUGGUCCACCGGCUGCGCCAGAGACGCCGGGAGCGCAUCGAGUCCCUGAUUGGAGCAAACCUGCACCACUUCAACCUCGGCCGGAGGAUCCCCGGCUUUGAUUACGGCCCAGAUGGGUUCGGCACGGGCCUCACACCGCUGCAUCUUUCUGACGACGGGGAAGGCGGGACUUUCCACUUCCACGACCCUCCACCUCCCUACACGGCUUACAAGUAUCCAGACAUUGACCAGCCCGAUGACCCGCCACCACCCUACGAGGCCUCCAUCAACCCGGACAGUGUAUUCUAUGACCCUGCAGAUGACGAUGCCUUUGAGCCUGUGGAGGUUGGGCCACUGACCCCAGGGGAUGGUGGCAGUGAAAGCAUGUUGCCCCGACACCUGGAGCAGCCUCUUCCCACUGCAGGGGCCUCUCUGGCAGACCUGGAAGACUCCGCCGACAGUAGCAGCGCCCUGCUCGUGCCCCCUGACUCUGCCCAGAGUGGCAGUGCCACAGCUGCAGAGGCACUGCCCGGGGGUGGCCGCCACAGCCGCAGCUCCCUUAACACCAUGGUAUAGGUAGCCCGGCCCAUGGCCCAGAUGGGCUAGGAGCACCCGUUUGCUGUCGAGAAAACACCGGUCCCUGCGGGAGACUUGAAGGGCUUGCCUCAGCCUGGACCCCAGUCCACUGCCGCACACCCCCGGUGGGCGGGCAUGUGUACAUAGAGACUGCGGCCAGCCCCCCUCCAAGAGGAGGGGGCACCUGCACCAAGAUUCCUGAGGACUUCGAAAACACGCAUAGCUUUGGGUCACUGUCUCUUUCUUUUUAAAUGGCAGAAGAAUGAAAAGUUUAUUCAAACCACACGUUUUAGAGGUAGAAAACAAGGCGCCAUGGGCCGUGGCCAAAACAAACACGCCUUUGGUGGGCCUGCUCACUGCAGUUUGCUGUCCAGAGAAGUCUGCCCACCGGUCACUGAGCCCCGGGGGCAGCCGAGUGUGGGACCAGCACAGAGCGCACCUCUGGCUGCCACUCGGAAGGGUGCCUCAGGGCACCAGGCUGUUUGUGGACUGUCAGUAUUGCUUAGGCAGGGAGGCAGCCUUUGAGGUUGCUGCGAUGGCUGCUGAGGAGCUGGCCUCCACAGGUCCAGCUAGAAACGUGGAGAUGACCUCAGCCUGGACUGGGGGCUGGCCUGGGACUCUGGGACCUGAGGCCCUGAGAAGGGGAGCAUGGAAGGAGGUUGAACUCUCCACUGUCUUUGCAGCUGGGCUCUGUGAAGCGCAGCUCUGUGGCAGGAGGCCCACCCCACCGCCUCCAACUCUCCCAGCAUCGCUGUGCAUGGCUUCCCCAGGAGACGGCUCUGGAGUUGGGGAUCAGCGACGGAGUGGGCUCCUGUCUGCUACACUCUGGAGCCUUGGCCCCACCUCCUGUUGAAUCACCUCUGGGCCAGGCCUGCCCCCACCCUACCUUGUUUGUGCCAUAAAGGAUGGUUUCUUUGGGGGGAGGGGUGGCCGAAACCAACAUCCUGGGCUGUGUCCAUCUCCUGAAAAUCCACUCCCUGUCCACCACUGCUGAAGCCCAGUGGCCGCAUGCACACCCCCAUCCCUCCUCAGCAGUGCUGGGUGCUGCAUGCCCUGCCUGGGGGCCUUUUGGCUGAGGGACCCUGUUGUCCGCUCCUGGGCAGUGGUCUUGUCUCCUGACAUGGGGCCUUUAGCAUUUCUGAGGUUUGGAGAUUAAGCGGGUUCUGUGCGAUUUUUAGCACAUCCAUAUCUUUUCUAUGUUGAAUGUCUGGAUCUUUUCUUUUGUGUGUUUGUGUGUCUGUGUGUACAUAUGUGGCCAAGUGUUUGCAAGUGGUGGUGGUACACGGGAACUUGGUGAGACCCCACUUUCCCGGCUUGGCCAUUGAGUCUUGGGCUGCUCUGAGACAGGACUGUGUCUGGGCCUCUGCUCUCUCGGCCGAGGGUCCAUGGAGCCCUCCGUCUUCUCUCGCAGUCUUUCCAGACCAGCAUGAGUGGCUCUGGAAGGACCGACUGAAGCGCAGGUUUCUUUGGGGACAGACUACAUGCACAGUCCACCUCUAGGCACAUUCUCACACCGGUUGGAAACCCAUUUUCUUCCCAAGUGGAAUGAGAAUCUUGAGUUGCCCCACAGACCUGACCUUAGUCCCAGAGCUGGCCAGAGCUGUGAGUUUUGUCAGUGAACUGCUGUCCCUGGGCUCAGUGCACAGUAGCCAGUUGCUGGAGGCUGCAUACCGGACAGACCUGCUGUCCCCUCCCUGAAGGGCUGCUACUUCCUGGAGAAUCAUGUAUGGGCUACAAGGGCCCCACACGGUGGCUGAGGACAAAGCAAGAAGCUUGUGCCUCCAGCAUUGCUGGAUGCAGGGCAGCCAGGUUCCAGAGCAGCAGUCGUCUUGGUUCUGGCUGACCAGCAAGGGUCCUGAGGACCACCACAGCCAAGUCCCUCAGGGGUCCCAACAGCUCAGAGGGUCCCUCCCAGGCCUCAGAACCAAGUAUACAUGGCAGGGUGGCUGGCACAAGGUGUGUGGGACUGGGAAGCUUCCUUUGGGGACUGUUGGUGCCAGUCUGGCAUGUAGGAGGCAGUGAGGAAGGAGGUGGGCCGAAUUGGACCUCAGGGGCUGCAGAGGGUGGGCUUGCUUCUGGAUUGGACAGAAUUCUGUCCAAGAAUGCUCUUUCGGGGUUGCCCAGUGGCCCCCUUCCCUUCAUUAGGUCUCCUGGGGUGCUCAGCCCACUGGCACUUGGGCUGGGUAGAAAGCCUGCAUUCAGGGCUUCCUGGCCCGCUGCAGCUCCAGGAUACGACACUCCAGGAGCUGAGCUCUGCUGGGGUUUACCUGUCUGUCCUCACCCUACCGUCCAGUCUGCCGCCCUUUGCAGGAUCUGAUUGUACUCCAUGGUCUGAGUGAUGAAGAAUUCCAAGGCCAGCCUUUGCUGAGACUUGUGUUCCUGGGCCCCAGAGGGACAGGCCAAGCCCCUGGGAGGGGCCUCCACCCCAGGACCCUGGCCACUGUUCCUGAGAGCCCAGCUGCCCUCUGACCUGCCUUGUGGAGGUGGAAUUUGAUACUGUAAAUUGUCUCGAUGCCUGUUUUUAUGUUUUCCUUUCACUAAGGGUUUUUAGUUUGGGUUUAUUUUUGGUUGGGUUGGCACUAAUCCUUAAGAUGCUGUGAGGACCGUUUCAUCCAAAUGCCAAAUAAACUUGUGUUCUGGAAAAGA